GGAUUCUUUCAAAAAAAAAAACCUACAAUGUCAUCCCCCACUAGUAGCCCACCACAGUCUUUCCGCUCUGCAAACUCUCAACGCCGUCCAUCCGACACUUCCACUUCCACCGACGACGACACUUUUCACAGCCUCGCUCCUUCAUCACCGAGCAACGCGUCUACCACCAACACCGUUAUCCUACGCCCUCCUGAUCGCUCGUCGCUGGUGGACACCACCACCGACCCCGCGCCCUACUCACUUACUACCAUUUCCUUCGGCCAGGGAGACGACAGCAGUUUGCAGAGUGGCGCAUCCACACACUCUGGUUAUCGUAUGGGGUAUCACUCCGGCCCUGUCCCCGAGUGGCCGCUAGGAGAUAAUGAACCUACGAGACCUGCAGCACCGGGAUUUAAAUAUGAUGCGACGACGGCGACUAAUGAUGAUACGACGACGGCCACCCGUCCGAGCGCCAGUGCCGGUUCCACUCACACCGAUGAAACUUGCAACUCCCAAGAUGGUCGGGCAACGAAUACUACCCCUCAAGAAGAGGAAACGUUCUCCACGCGUCGUUCUGCUGAAAUCCUCAGUGUGGACACCACUGGGAUCCCCGUUACGACAAUGUCGACCGGAUCAACUAUCGCUGACGGUCGAGAUGAGCUCCGUGUAAUCCGUUUGCCAGUCCCGCCCGAUACUCCUCCUACUGAAAAUUCCAAGUGGAACUGCUUCUCUGACUGUUUCAGUCGUCAGGAAUGAUUAUCCCCGUUUCAUAGAUCUGUGGACCGCUCAAAUCCCAAAUAGGAUGGAGGCUGGUGCGUUAUGGAGAAUGGGAAUCAAGGAUUGGCGUAUUGGCUAUACGUAUACCACCCCAUGCAUAUGAUGGAAAA